GGAAGUCGGGAGGUUCGAUGGUCCGAAGACGCCAGCUUGUGACGGGGAGGGGGAGAAGGAAGGCUUCCGUAAAGGGUGCCUUUCGGUCCUUUCGCUCCCGGGGACCCUCGGAAAAAGCCCACCAUACCGAUCCCACGGCUAGCCCCUCCCCCAGGCUCUCUCCGCUCGAUUUCGCACCGUUAUGUGGGAAGCGAAUCCGUGAAAUGGCCAAUCGGGGUGAACAGUGCUGGAAGAAGAAAGCAGAAGUGUGGAAUAGCUAACGGGACAGUGGAUUUUACAUUUUAAGUCAUCCUCUUUAUUAUCUGGUCAAGACAGAUAAGGCUUUCCAGAAGAUGUUUCAUAAGACAGAGGAAUUCUUUCCCAAGAAGACAGACAGUGAUGUGGAUGACAUGGACACAUCGGACACACAGUGGGGCUGGUUCUAUCUGGCGGAAUGCGGGAAGUGGCACAUGUUUCAGCCGGAUACCAACAUUCAAUGUUCAGUUAGCAGUGAAGAUAUCGAAAAAAGCUUCAAAACAAACCCUUGUGGCUCCAUUUCCUUUACUACUUCCAAAUUCAGCUACAAGAUAGACUUUGCAGAAAUGAAGCAGAUGAAUCUCGUCACUGGAAAGCAGCGCCUGAUAAAAAGGGCUCCUUUCUCCAUCAGUGCCUUCAGUUACAUCUGUGAAAACGAGGCCAUCCCCAUGCCAACACACUGGGAGAAUGUGAAUCCUGACGUUCCCUACCAGCUGGUUUCCCUGCAGAGCCAAACGCAUGAGUAUAAUGAGGUUGCAAGUCUUUUUGGGAAAACCAUGGAUCGGAACCGAAUUAAAAGGAUUCAAAGGAUUCAAAACUUAGACUUAUGGGAGUUCUUUUGCAGGAAAAAGGCUCAGCUCAAGAAAAAGAGAGGUGUCCCUCAAAUCAAUGAGCAAAUGCUGUUUCAUGGCACCAGCAGUGAAUUUGUGGAAGCAAUUUGCAUUCACAACUUUGACUGGAGAAUCAAUGGUGUACACGGUGCUGUCUUUGGAAAAGGAACCUAUUUCGCUAGAGAUGCUGCAUACUCCAGUCGUUUCUGCAAAGACGACAUCAAGCACGGGAACACAUUCCAGAUUCAUGGGGUCAGCUUGCAGCAGCGACAUCUGUUCAGAACCUAUAAAUCCAUGUUUCUUGCUCGAGUGCUAAUUGGUGAUUACAUAAACGGAGACUCGAAAUACAUGAGACCUCCUUCCAAAGACGGGAGCUAUGUGAAUUUGUAUGACAGCUGUGUGGAUGACACCUGGAACCCAAAGAUCUUUGUGGUUUUUGAUGCCAACCAGAUCUACCCUGAGUACCUGAUAGACUUCCACUGACCCUGCCUCCCAGGCUCAGUGGUCAAAGCUUUGCUCUCUCAUUGCAGGAGGAUUUGGCCCCCUGUCUUCUAGCCGCUAAUAUAAAUAUUGGAUACUUUUGAAACAGAUACAGAAAAGAAUGCGGCCUCGGUAUAUAAAGAAGUACUGGCUGUCAGGUUGGUUAUAUGUUGUUCUGUUUCUGUCUGUUCCGGUUUUGUUAAAGACCGAUGCUAUUGCCAUCUUAACAUACAGGAGAGAGAGACACUUCUCAAAACAGAAUAGGCUGAAUCUCAUUACCAUGGCCAGGCAGUCUUCAAAGUUCACAUGCAUGUGACCGGGUCAAAUGAUUUUAGUUUUGUACCCUAUUAGGAGAACUGGCCCUUUAUAAAUUGAAUUUUGGCAUUAUUAUCUAUCAAUGAGCAUGUGACUUUGUUGGUCUUCUGAAGGGGGCAUUUAAAACCCUGGAACAGCCCCUGGUGCUCAGUGGAGCAAGAAACAAGGACGUUAUCUGCUAUGCUAGGAGACAAGCUAGCAGAAGAGAGACCAGGACAGAGCCUGCUUCCCACUGCUGUGGGAAGAUGGUCUGUAGCCCCAGAGCAGUGCACACCAUUCUCACUCACCUCCCACAGGUGAGCUGACCUUGCUGCUGAGGGUCACUAGCUCACAGCCUGGCCCACAGCAGUCUCUGGUCCCUGCCCCAAGUUAUUUAUUUCCUUUGUUUUCCAAGCCCUGCAGUUAUCACUUCUAAAGGUUUUAUUGGUCCUUCCCACAACCCAAGACACACAUAGCCGUUCCAUGGUGAUUCCUAAGAUCCACACAUGUUAGUAGUUGGUGUCUCUUGAAUGAUUGUGGAGAACAUGAGAUGCUGGGAAGAAGUCUGAUUUCUUCUUUAGACUAGUGAUGGACAACUUCCAACCCCUGAGCAGCUAUGUACAACUUAGAGUUGUGUCCAUGGCUUUGUGUACCUGUCUGCUUGCCUGCUGUUCUGUCCUGAAGAUGAAGUGGUCUGUACCAGCUAACUGCCUGUUGGUGUUCUAGCAGAGACAAGACAGCACUCAGGCGUGAUGAUGUCUAGGUGUUCAAGCCAGGGAGCUGCCUGUAGGAUUGUCUCCUUUUCCCAUGAUUCCUUAUGGGGAAGAUCAUUCCUCCAGCCGUUCACCCAGAACCUUUGCCUAACUCUUCAUAUUGAAUCUUGUCUCUGGUAUCCCAUCCAGCUUUGGGUGCAAGGAAGUGAGCACAGUUUGGCUUCUAGUGCCUGUGCCUGUAUUGUUCUCUUCAGUCACUCAAAUUGGGAAGCAUCUAAAAAUAAUAUAUGUGUGGAACAGGAUUAGGGAUAGUGAUUUUUUUUUUAAGGAUAACAGUUCUUUCAGCUUUGUAAAUCAUCAGGUUUUCCUUGUAGCUGGGAAUGUGUGUAACUGUGCAGUGGGAAGUACAUGAACGGCACUCAGGAAGGCGUACGUGCAGUGCUUUGGCAUACUGUGGCAGUAAUGAUUUCCUGGCUCAAAUGUGUAGACCCACAAUUGGCUUAAGAGAGGAUAGAAAGGACACAUUCCAAAACCAACAGUGGUCCCUGCAAAAGUUCCUGAAGGGCAAAGCAGAUAGGCGGCCUGCCCACUCACAAGAAUCAGUGUUAGAGGCAAUAGGAGUUCGGACUGAACAGUCUCCCUUCUAGUUCUUUUCUUCUAUUUUUGUUUGGUCUUUUUUGUGUGUUUGUUUGUUUGUGUCUGUUUUUCAAGACAGGGCUUCUCUGUGUGGCCCUGGCUGUCUUAGAACUCUCUCUGUAGACCAAACUGGCAUGCAGUGUGUUAAAGUCCCUCUUAUGUGGCUGUCUCCCUCUGCCCAGUUCCAGGCACACUUCUCUUAAUACUUGAAUGGAAUGACUGUUGUAGUGGGGGUUGUUUCCUUUUAGACUUGUGUAUCCGUGUCAAGGUGACUGAGAACACAGGCAGUCUGUGCAAUCACUCUCCCUUGUUGGCUUGCAUGAGGAAGGUGGGGGUGUGUCAUGGUGUCCACCGUAAGAAAGCACUGCCCUGCUGUUGUUGGAACGGACUGCCAGCCCCCCUUCAUAAGGAAGAAGUGAUUUCAGUAUGUGUUUUAAAAUAUAAUAACAUAGACUUCACUCGUGUUAAAGUUUUACUGUUUCGUCUGUUCCAUGUACAGAAGAGCAUCAUUCCCUCUGCUCAUCAAACUGAGUGGGAGGGAGAGUAAAGGGGCCAGUACAGAGUGGUGAGCCUGCCACAAAGCUGGCUGAAUAAACUCCAUUGAGUACAAACUUGUAUUUUCUCUGUGGGGAGUCUAGCCUCGGGGUAAAAAUAAAUGUGUUUAUGGGAAAACAUUUUCCUAAAUCUCUUAUCUCCCACCAGGAAUGUUUGAGAUUAGUGGAUUACUUAUUUCUAGACUGGUGGUGGUGAUGAUGAUGGCAAAUCCUGAUAUUCAAUGUCUGAGUGUAUUGUUUCUACAAUUGUUGAUUAAAGUUUUCUGUAUCAGGUCUUGGCUGCCUGUGUGUG